AGUUGAGUUAUUUAGUUUCCUAACUUCUCAUCGGUUCUGCAGUGGAACCUGGUGAACAUGAAGAUGCUCUUAAUCCUCGGUCUCCUGCAGCUGCUGGCAGAACCUGCCUUCACCGUGAGUCUUUCAUUUCUUCUGCUGACAGUAUUAAUAAUAUUAUAUAAUUUGCAGGUACAUGUCAGUGAUUAAGUAUGAAUGGAAAUGGCAUAGAACGCAAAGUACAGUACGUCCAGAAAUCUCAACCUAAAAAUACCAAGUGUUUGAGUGAAGUAUUGAUGCUGUUUGUGUGUCGAGGAGCGGGUUUACACAAGAUCUUAUUCAAAGUGUAGGCGGUGGUUUGUGGCUGAAUGUUCCAGCUUCUAUUUUGGUGUCUCCAGCAUGCUCUUAGUAUGUGCUUGUGGUUCACAGUUGGCUGUGAAAGGAUGUGUGAGAGCUCUGUGUUGUCCAGCAGCCAAGUGAGUGAGAGUUUCACUUGUGUUUUUCAGGUGGCGCAGCCGACCCAUGACUCCUGGGGAGAGUUUGGAGCCUACGGGCCCUGCAGCCGCACCUGCGGCACAGGAGUCUCCAUGAGAACCAGGAAAUGCAUCACAUCCAGAACAGACGGAGGACAUAACUGCCUGGGAUCAUCCAAAUCCUUCCGAACCUGCAACACACAAGAAUGUCCGGCUGCGUCCAGGAACUUCAGGGAGGAGCAGUGCUCCCAGUUCGACCGAGGGGACUUCCAGGGCAAACCCCGCACAUGGGUCCCCUACUAUGGAGCAUCCAAUGCAUGUGAGCUGAACUGUGUCCCGAGAGGAGAGAACUUCUUCUAUCGACACAGACCUGCAGUGGUGGAUGGGACCCCUUGUCACGUGGGCCGCACGGACAUCUGUGUGGACGGCUCCUGCAGGGUACUGAACCAUGGAGAGUUCAUGGGCUUGGAUGAGGACAUUCAUUCUGUGCAUUCGGCUGCUCCUGUCGCUGUCGCUCCUCAUCCAAGUGAGACGCUCACGUACAUCUACAAAACCGGCGUCUACGGCGAGUGCUCGGUCUCCUGCGGCGGAGGCAUGCAGUACCGCAGCGUGGAGUGCUGGGUUCAGGACCCGGUUAACCCCCGUAUGGUGGAUGCGACCCACUGCAUCACCCAGCGCCUGCAGAGGCCUCAGUGUCAGCAGGCCUGCAACAUGCAAUCAUGUUCUGCUGAGUACAGUGUCUCCAGCUUCAGUGGGUGUUCAGUCACCUGUGGGGAAGGCCAGCAGACAAGGGAGGUGAACUGUGUGGGACCAAGAGGUGAACAUCUGGACGAUCUCUCCUGUAGUGGACUGGCUCGACCUGCCUCUACCCAGGCGUGCCGCAGACCUGCCUGCCCCACUCGCAUCACCUGGCACGUGACUGCCUAUGGCCUGUGCACUCGAAGCUGUGGUGGGGGUGUGAGGGACAGGAGGGUCGGCUGUUUCGACACAGAUUUGAACCCGUACCCCGAAGCCCGGUGCGGUUCAGCGAGCAGGCCUGUCUCUGUGGAGGCGUGCAACUCGCAGUCGUGCCCUGGAACACAAAUGGUCCCAAGUGUGCAGGAUCCCAGGAGACAUGAAAGCACCAUGAGAGGAUUUGUUCCCCAUGUUCCAUCAGGAGACCCCUCAGUUACUGGAUCUCAAACAAUCACUGCCCAUGAACUCAACCCGUCGGUGGUCGGCCCUCACUGUGCUCAGUCAUCUUAUGGCUGCUGUCCUGACGGCCACACUUCUGCCACCGGACCCAGGAACCAGGGCUGCACCCAGGAUGACUGUGUUCGCACCAGGUAUGGCUGUUGUUUGGAUGGGGUGACUCGAGCUCAAGGAUUUGGAAGAGCUGGAUGUCCUGAGUACCAGACUCCUGUGGAUCGCCCACUUGCACCUCCUGCCGCUCCGUCCCCUGGGAACGUGUGCUCCCUGCCUCGAGAUGAGGGGACCUGUGACACCUGGAUGGUUCGGUUCUACCAUGACUCAGGCAGCGGUAAAUGCACCGAGUUCUGGUACGGAAGCUGUCAGGGUAAUGCCAACAACUUUGUGUCCCUGGAGGCAUGCCAGAGAGAGUGCGGGCAAGUGAUGAGGGAGCCUCCCCCUCCACCUGGAGCAGGGGCCGCCCCGAGGAGAGCCUCACUCAUGGGUGCACUUAGAGCCAGGGCAUAACCAUGUACACAUCUGAUACCUCCAGCAUUUUUAAGAUGUGUCCAUUGUCCUCGUUAUGAUGCAAUUUGUAUAGGUAUAUGCUAUACAUUUACUAAGACACACAUAAAUAUGUACUGUGAAACUGAAGCCACGUCCCUCAUUUAAUUUAAACAUCAGAAAUACUUUAAAAUGAUCUACAUACACUCACAUUAUAACAAAUACAUUUUACAAAUACAAAUUUAUUUUAUUCUUUUAUUUUUGUGUUUGUAGUACGCAUUUGUGUUUUCCCUGAAUUGU